AUGUUCAAAAGACUUGUAAGAACCUCAGUUCCUUUAAUUGCAUUCGGUGUAGGUGUUGCUGCUUUCCCAGUCAAUUAUAGAAAAGGUAAUUGGAGAGAAAAGAAAUUAUUACAUAUUAAUGAAUCAAUCGUUAAUCAAAUCUCAUCUACUGAUGAAUAUAAAGCCUUAAUUGAAGAUCCAAACACAUCUCGAUACAAUAGUAGCGAUGCCUUUCCUGAUCAACAUCAUAAAAACUAUGUUGGUACUGGAUUAUUAUUUGGUCCUGAUUUAUUUGAAAUUGAUCCAAUUGUAUUUCUCAAUGAAAAACAAGGUGAAUUAACUAGUUUCUACCAUUUAGGUGAUAAAUUAAUCAGUCAAGAUGGUAAGAUUCAUAAUGGAAUUGUAUCAACUAUAUUAGAUGAAGGGUUAUGUUCUUGUGGAUUCCCAUUAUUACCUUCUAAAAAGGGAGUCACUGCCUCAUUAUCCAUUGAUUUUAAAAAUCAAGCUCCUCCAGGAAGUACAGUUGUGUUACGAGCCAAAGUAGUUGAAGCAAAGGGGAGAAAAGUUGUCAUUGAAGGAAAUUUAGAAACUUUACCAUUUAAUAAAGAUGAAACUCCAAUUCAAAUCGCUCAUUCAAGAUGUAUAUUAGUUGAACCAAAAUGGUUUAAAUAUUUUGCUUGGUUUCAAAUCAUAUGA